AUGAGAGAACCCCCAUACGGUGUGGAUGGUAAGCAGGCGAGGCGUACUAACUCCUCCACACCACUGGGGGAGCUGUUUGACCAUGGCCUGGACAGCUGGGCCUGUGUGUUCUUCGUGGCCACCGUCUACUCCAUAUUUGGGCGUGGCCCGAGCGGUGUGGGCGUGGCCACGUUGUACUACAUCCUGUGGGUGGUCCUUUUCUCAUUCAUCCUGUCUCACUGGGAGAAAUACAACACAGGAAUCCUCUUCCUGCCCUGGGGCUAUGACAUCAGCCAAGUGACCAUCUCUAUAGUGUACAUCUUCACAGCGAUGGUUGGCGUGGAGACGUGGUAUGAACCAAUCUGGUGGAACUUCCACUACCGAGACCUCUUCACUUUCAUGAUCCUCGGUUGUUCGUUCACUGUGACCCUUCCCAUGAGCCUCUACAACGUCUUCAAGGCGUCUCGUAAUAACACUCUGAAACACAGCAGUAUGUACGAGGCCUUCCUCCCCUUCCUCUCUCCUGUCCUCCUCUGCCUCCUCUCCUCUGUCUGGGUGAUUUUCUCUCCAUCCGGCAUCCUCCAGCAGCAGCCCAGAGUCUUCUACCUCAUGGUGGGGACAGCCUUCGCUAAUGUCACAUGUAAGCUGAUCGUGUGCCAGAUGAGUAACACCCGUUGCCAACCCCUGAGCUGGCUGUUGGUUCCCAUGGCGACGGUGGUGUUGUUGGCGGUUACAGGGCUGGUUGCUAACGAGACGCUGUUGAUCUACGUGUGGACGGCCAUCGUCAUACUCACACACAUACACUACGGAGUGUCAGUGGUGAACCAGCUCAGCGAUCACUUCAACAUCUUUGCCUUCUCUCUGAUGAAGCCCAGCACUGACUGA